AUGCUUUACAAAUGUAUAAUUUUAUCUCAAUCAUUGAAGCCAUAUUUGACAGCCGUAAGGUCAUCAUUAACCGCAGCAAUAUGCCUAGAAGACUUCUCAUCUCAACUUGUUGAAAGACAUAAUAGGCCAGAAAUUGAAGUGGAUAAUACGCAUAAUCCAGAACUAAUAUUAAAUCCCAUGUUGAUAGCCAGAAAUGAAAAUGAGAAAAUUCUUAUCGAACCCUCGAUCAAUUCGAUCAGAGUUUCUAUUAAGAUUAAACAAGCGGAUGAAAUAGAACAAAUCUUAGUACACAAGUUCACCAGAUUCUUGACUUCACGAGCAGAAAACUUUUUUAUAUUGCGUAGGGUUCCAAUUAAAGGUUACGACAUCUCAUUUUUGAUCACUAAUUUCCAUACUGAACAAAUGUUGAAAGAUAAGCUUGUUGAUUUCAUUAUAGAGUUCAUGGAAGAUGUUGACAAGGAGAUAAGUGAAAUGAAACUAUUUUUGAAUGCAAGAGCCAGAGUCAUCGCAGAAGCAUAUUUGACUCCUUUUGAUUGA